GUUGAUUAGCAAGGGUAGAGAACAUAAAAUAAUAUUUUUUCCUCCUACUUUAUAUAUAGUAGACAGUAAGUGGAGAGUGAGAAAAAUGAAUGCUUAUCAACAAUUGAGUCUUUCCCGUCAACAUGGGGGUUCAUCAUCUAGUGAUUGUACAUUGCUCUGUCUUCUUUCUUCAGUUUCCUCCAUAACAUUCUCAAAUAAUUUCUCUUCCAAUUUCUACGACUACAUAACCACCACGGCUUUUAGAUUAACUACUUAUUAUUAAUUUAUUACCAAUCCAUCAGAGUUUUCUUUCACGAUUGCUACCUGUUAUAUUCUACAAAGUAUAGACCUCUUUUUUCUCCCAACUCCCACACCUUCCCCCUGUAGCAAUUAAUUCAAAACUAUAGCAGAGAACCCCCCUCCCCAAAUGGCCGAGAAUAUUCAAAGCCCAUUUACUCAGCCACCUCCUCCUGUACCACCCAAAUCGAACUUGCCCAUGUUAUAUUACGGCCUGGUGGUGGUCGGAACGGCGGCCGUAAUCCUAGCUCUGUACAACUUCAUCAUCAUCAAAUGGUGUACUCAACGCCAUGGCCAGUCUACUCCAGAAGGACCCAACAACAACCCUUUCAUUGAAAUGGCAACGAGUACGAUGCGAAGCAGAAGCAGAAGCAGCAUAGAGAAUUUGGAAUUGUUGUCUAGCUUCAAGUAUAAGAAAGAAGGAUUGGGACAAGAAGAUGAGCAAGGAGGUGGGGGUGUUGUUGAUUAUGAAUGCGCAGUGUGUUUGUCAGUGUUUGAGGAUGGAGAAGAGGUCAGGAAACUCCCAGGCUGCAAACACUCUUUCCAUGCUUCUUGUAUUGAUAUGUGGCUCUACUCUCAUUCCGACUGCCCUCUCUGUCGUACUCCGGUGCCGACCGGUCCUCGGUGUCAUCGACAUUUAACCGAUACUCCUGAGGAGAGUUCUAGAGAAAAUUUGCUGGGUUCCACCAUACCUAUUUGAGAUUUUUUAUAUUUUUAUAUUUAUUUUUAAUUUUUUUAUUUCUUUUAAAUUUCUUUUUUUACUGUUGAAGAUGAGAUUGGGAAACUUGGGACAUUGUAAUAAGUCUUUGUUUUUGGUACGUGUGGGCCUGAGGUGGAGAAGGACGAUGAUAACCAAGACAUGUAGAAAACAAAACAGUUGACAGUGGUAGGUAUAGUUGAACUUGUUGUACUUAGAUUGGGCAGGAAUCGAUCCGCGCUGCCAGACUCAGUACUAUGUAUGUAAACAUUUGGAAUGUUCUGGUAUAGAAUCUAGCUCGACCAUUUUGGGCUUUUUCAA